AUGGCAGUCCUGUGCACCAUUGUGUCUACUUUUCUCAUGCUCUCCGCCCACGUUCUGGCGACAGCAGUUCCACCACAGCAAGCUCCCGUUGUGGACUUGGACUAUGCUCGAUAUAGAGCUGCUUAUAAUGUGAGUUCACACGGGUUUAUAGAUUUCGAAACAGAGCACGUUUACACAUUCAGAAAUAUCCGAUUCGCGGAUCCACCACUACGUCAACAUCGGUUCCAGCCGCCUCGACCCGUUUCCACUGUGGACAGAAAUGUGAAUGAUGGGUCCGUUGGGUUCAAAUGUCCGCAGGCUUUUCCUCGGUGGUAUCUCGAGUCGCGUGCUCAUGCCGCCGGUAUAACCACCGAGGCGCUCCGCGAUAACCUCUUGAACGAUACUACCAUGCAUGAGGACUGUCUUUUUCUUGACGUGCACGUUCCCAAAUUGCUUUUCGAUAGCCGAUGUGGAGUGCGUUCAGGGAAGGGGAGUCGCCAUCUCCUGUUAUGGUUUGGAUCUAUGGCGGUGGUUACGUAUUUGGUGAGAAUUGAAACACGAAACGCAAGAGCUUGCGCUCAUCACCUUCUUCAAGGACAGAAAGACUCCGCCUCCUUUAAUCCCUCUGGACUUCUCGCAACCUCGACAAGCGAGCACGGUGAAGGCGUCAUAUUUGUGGCAUUAAACUAUCGCUUGGGGUUGUUCGGGUGGCUCAACGGCCAGGGAGACAAAGACAUCUUUCCCAAUACCGCCCUCCAGGAUCAGGUUAAAAAGUAUAUCCACCUCUUUGGCGGUGACCCAGACAGAGUCACUGUAUUUGGCGAGUCAGCUGGUGGAGGUAGCGUCAUGCACCACAUCACUGGAAACCGCCAUUCAACAGUGCCGUUUGAGCGGGCAAUAAUCCAAAGUCCGGGAUGGCUUACAUCGCUUCCAGUAGCACAAAUCUGGAACCAAACACUGAGUGCAGCCAGCACACGGGCGGGACGACCAAUUACAAAUGGAACGGACCUUGUCACCCUGGAUUACCCGACACUACUUCGUGUGAACAGCGAUAUUGUUUACAAGUCCAACUACGGAGACUUCGGCUACGGCCCGACUGUUGAUGGCGGUUAUGUACCAGCUUUUCCGGGCGUGUCGCUGCUGAAGGGGGAUUUCGACAACUCAGUAGAGCUGAUGCUUGGCCAUAACUCCCACGAAUCCGAUAUUUUUACGUCACCAUUAAUCGACAGCCGCGAAAAAAUUGUUACUAAACUUCGCUCUUCGAUAUAUGGAAUAACGGAUUCGGCGAUUGAACACAUUCUUACUGUGCUAUACCCACCACCUCGACAGACAGAUUUAUAUACCACGGAGUACGGCCGCGCGGCUUUGAUGCUAUCCGAGUAUACGUUCGUCUGUAACACCCGAUACUUAGCAACCUCGUUCAAAAACGCAACUUGGAACUAUCGCUUCGAAGUUCCGCCUGGAAAUCAUGCGCAGGACCUUGCCUACACGUUUCAUAAACCCGGCGACGCAAAUGUUAUUUCUCGGCUCGCAGUCCAGAUGCAAACGUACUUUACGAAAUUCGCAGCUUCAAGCAACCCAAACGAGCCCGGUUCAGCCCCAAAAUGGCAACAGUACGGGAAAUCUGCUAGAAUUGCUACGUUUGGAAGCGACGGUGUAGGGACAGCAACGGAUGAUGCAAAGAACGACAGAUGCAUUUACUGGCAGAGAGGGACUUACACCACGCAGCAGUGA